AAGCUGUUUUCAUUAGAGCAAGUCGUGUCGAUAAGAAUUAUACAUGUUUGCCUAGUGAGGAGGAAUGGAACUUUGCUGCAGAUGUUGUGGAACGUCUUCGAGUGUUCAAUGAUAUAACUUUGUUGUUCUCUGGGACUGAAUAUGUGACUGCCAACAUAUACUUCAUCAAAAUUUGUGAGAUUAGGAAGAAAAUCAGACAAUGGUCAUCUUGUGGCAGUCCAAAGAUCAAAGAAAUGUCACUUAGUAUGAUAACCAAAUUUGAUAAGUAUUGGUCAGACAUUCAAGGACUGAUGGGGAUUGCAACCCUCCUAGAUCCUAGGCUCAAAAAAUUGAGUUUGCUGAUGUGUUUUGAGUGGCUAACUGGUACAACUAGUCACAUUUGUCAGGAUAAGGUUGAUGAAACCAUAGACUUAUUAACUGAAUUGAUGAUAGAAUACCAUGUGGAAGAAGAGUGUGAAAACAAUAGUGAAUUAGCAGCAGCUCCUGUCGGUGACAUGGAGUUCUUAUCUUCCUUUAGUGCAAGAGUUGCAAGUACAAGGCCAUCUGCCAUUCAAUUUAAAUAUGAAUUAGAUCACUAUUUAGAAGAUGAAUUGGUCUCCCUAGAAACAAAGGGCUUCAAGGUGCUGGAUUGGUGGAAGGUAGCUGGUGUGCGUUAUCCAACUCUGAGGAGGAUAGCAAGGGAUAUUUAUGCAAUUCCUAUUACCACGGUCGCAUCUGAGUCUGCAUUCAGUACCAGUGGUAGAGUACUUAGCGAGCAUCGCAGCAGGCUUACUUCAAUGAUGAUAGAAGCUCUUAUGUGCUCUCAGGAUUGGUUGAAGAACAAGUACAAAAUUGAUGAGAAAGAAAAACAAGUUGCCACCUUCUGGUCUUGCCUCCAAGACAUUCAAGAAGGUCUCCAGAAACUUGAACUUUGAGCAAGAGCAAUCGGGCUUCAAGUGAAGUAAAACGCCACAUCAACAAUUCAGUAUGUUUGUUGUCCUCUACGGGCUUCUAAUGAAGUUGGAGAUUAAUUUGUGUACCAUCUUUUGGUUGUCUAAUGGCUACUGUAGUGUCUACUGCUGAACUACUACUCUGCUAUAUAUUGAUGGCCACCACCGG